AUGAGCUUCGUCACCCGCCGUGGUCUUUCCACCCUCAUCCCUCCCAAGGUCGCCUCUCCCAAGGCUAUUGGUGGUGCCCCCGACGCUAUGCGUAUGCAGCGUGUCGUCAGCUUCUACGAGAAGCUUCCUCGUGGCGCCGCCCCUGAGGCCAAGGCCAAGGGCCUUCUCGGUCGCUACCAGGCCCGCUACUUUGGCAAGAAGGCCUCUGCUACCCCCAUCAUUCACGCCAUUGUCUUCCUCGUCGGUAUUGGUUACGCCCAGAACUACUACUUCCACCUGCGUCACCACAAGAACAACGCUCACUAA